ACCUGUUUCCAGGAAAGCUUUUUGAACUGGCGUUUUGUUUGUUUGGGCUUAAAUUAAUAAUUAAAUAAAUAAAUGGAGGACAUUUCGGUGGUGACUAAGCUGUGCGACGACAACGUCCACAAACUCCAGGAAAAUCUCCGCUCCUUCCAGCGCGAAGUGAGCCGCGUUCGGAAAGUGCUCACGGAAAGAUGGGUAAAUGUGGACCGCCGAGACAGGAGACUCAUCGCCUUACAUGACCGUUUAGUGCGCAGUCUCAGCGAUGUGAAUGCCUGUGUCAUCCAGCUGAACCUGAACAUAGAGCUUAACCGACCGGACGGACGAUUCACGGCCGACGACAAGUCGGAUGACUCCUUUGAUGACCUCUACCCAUCAAAUCGUUUGAUUCAAAAAGCCAUCGAAGGGCUUGGUUUUAAUAAACCAGAUGAACAGCCGCCCGAGCCGCCUUUCGCAGAAAAAAUGCCGGAAAGUUCCAUGCAGGUUGAGCCUGCCUCCACCGAAAAGUUGCCGGAAAGUUCUAUGCAGCUUGUGGCCGUUGAUUUAUCGAUGGUUCCAGAGCCCAUGGUGGAGGCUUUCUUUCCGGACGUUCCACCGCCGCCGCCAUUUCCUUCUGUAAUUGUUCCAAAGCUACCCAUGAUAGUCGUCGAGCCGCCAGCACUUCCCUCUGCAAUUGUUCCAAAGCUACCAAUGAUGGAAGACAAUGAAUCCCCUCUGGCUUCCAAAGAGUCCUUCCAAACGAUCAGCCAUGAUAUCUCCAACCAAAAGUCCAUGACUGAAUUGCAGAUUGAAGAGAAAGCAGUGGUCGUCGAGCCUCAAGUAUAUUCCGCUGUUCCUAUAGAAAAUCAAGCGACGCCAACAGCCAACCAGGUCGACCAGUCUCCUGAAGUUGUCAUCCAGACGACCAACAAUGAUAUCAGUCACGAAAUCUCCAAGAAAGACGAUGAAUUACAGAUUGAAAAGCUCUCAGUGGCCAAACAAAUGCCAUCUAGCUGGCUUAUUGAACCCUCUUCGGAUCAGGUUACUACUUCGCCACCACCCAAACGAUUCCUCAUGGCUCCCAAAGGCGGCACCCAGACGACCAGCGAUGGCAUUUACAAGCAAAUCUUGAAGAAUACGGCUGCUUUUCCCAAGAACGCCGUGGUCUCAGCCGCCUUGGUGCAUGUGAAUGUGGCGGGCAACUGCAUAUUUGUGGCCAAAUUUGAUGAGAGCUCAAAGCGCAUUAAGGAGAUGCUUAAGGGACAGGUUCUACUGCAGGAAUUAGAGCAACUGCCCGACUACGGUGACAUCUUUGCGGUUUACGACAGCAGCGACAAUAUAAUUACUCGCAUCACCAUCAACAACAGCUCCGAGGGAGGAGGCUAUGAUGGCUAUCUGAUUGACUACGGCGAGCACAUCCACCUGACCGGUAACGAAAUCAUAUUCGAACUGCCGGACGACAUCAGGUGCCUGCCAGCGGAAGCCAUUAGAUGCAAUUUGACCAAUUGCGGUGUCGACCAGAUGAGUAGUUUCCUCUAUCAGAUUGUUCAACUUCGUGUGCACGAAAACAAUGGCAUUGGUCUGGUGGUGGAGUUGAUCGAUGAGAACAAACCAGACUCAAAUGAAAAUAAGACCGACAUUGAAUGCCCUGCUAAACUAAGCGAGGAAGACAUGGCCAUGUUAAAUGAAAUUGAAGAGACCACCAGCGAUCCUCUGAAGGCAGUGCUGGGCUUUAAACCCACGGACGAGCAACGCAUUUGCCGGCACUACGAUCCCAAGUUGAAUGGCUGCUUCAAGGGUAACACCUGUCGUUUGGUCCAUGAACCCUUUGCACCCCAUGGCGCAACAAAGGAUGUGGAGAUAGCUGGAGCUCUUCCGGAAACUGUCUUUGACACCCCAGUGCCUCACAAGGUGGGCAGCAGUGCCCGCAUCUUGAUCACCUUUGUUAAUAGCCCCACCGAGGUUUAUGCCCAGUUUGUGGACGGAUCUGCUCCGCUGGUGUGGGCCAAAAAGGAUGUGCCCGAGGUGAAAUGGAGCUUUAAGCGCAGACCCCGCAUUCUCGACAUUGUGCUUGCUCUCUACAACGAUGACUGCUUCUAUCGCGCUCAGAUUAUCGAUGAAAUGGACAGGGAGUACAAAAUCUUCUAUGUGGAUUACGGCAACACUGAGUUCGUGUCCCUGAGCAGUUUGGCUCCCUGCGAAUAUGCGGAGAGCUUGAAGCCCCAUCAGAGCGUCAGUUGCCAAAUAGAGGGAGUCGUAAGGUCGACAUUUCUGUCGCACCAGAUGACAUUUGAGUGCGUCGAGUACCUCAAGAGUAAGCUGCUCAACAAGGAGAUGGAUGUGAAGCUGGUGAGUCGUCUACCGGAUGGCUUUCUAAUUCGUUUCCUAGGCAUCUAUAGCGAUGUGCCGCGUCAGCUGGUUAAACGCCGAUAUGCUCAGCCCAGCAAUGGGAUUCGACGGAGCCUCGCAGAUCUCGAUAAGUGUACGGCAGAAGAAGAUGCCAGUGAUAUCUGAUAUGCUCACUGCUAGUUCUGUUAUAUUUUUUGUUUUUAAGUCUUUAUCUUUAAUUUUUUGAAGUGCCUCUUAAAAUCUAUACUAAAAUUGGCGAUUGGCCAUAACUGAACUGAACCACAGCUAAACUUAUUUGUUUUCAUAGUCUUAGGAUAUAUAUAGGCUUUGUUAAACAUAUGAUUUUGAAUCAUUCCAUUGCGUAUCUUAAACUAAACUACUUACCUUAAGCUUGUCCUUUUUCAAACGCGAUUUAAAUAGAGUUAAGCUCAAAAGUGUAAAAUAUCUCAAAUGACGGAUAUUUUGUUUAUUAUGAAUAUGUUUUUUAUGUUUUUCAUUGCUGACGAUAUUCUAGUUUUACUACCUAUAUUAUGAAACCUUUGUUAAUUUUUGUUUUGAAGAUUUCUUAAGUAAACUCUUCUUGAAUCAGUGUUAAACCUUCAGUUAGGCCACGUUGAAAACGAAAUAAACUGGCUAUGUGCCAACACGUUAUCCACA